GCUUCCUCAGGUGCGGCUGGAACAGCAGCAGCAGGUCAGUCGGUGCCUCCUCAGGUCUGUGUGUGCCUCUUCAGGUCUGUCGGUGCCUCCUCAGGUCUGUCGGUGCCUCUUCAGGUCUGUCGGUGCCUCCUCAGGUCUGUGUGUGCCUCCUCAGGUCUGUGUGUGCCUCCUCAGGUCAGUCGGUGCCUCCUCAGGUCAGUCGGUGCCUCCUCAACAGGAGCAAAGUCCUCAUAACUUUGGAUUCACAUCUGAUCCUGAGCUAUGAUGCGGAGUGAGACACAGGAGAGGAUCUUCGGUGGAUGUUUCUGACAGUGUGACUGUGAAUCGGUCCAGGUGUGUGCGCGCGUGCGUGUGUGUGUGUGUUUUACUUAGUUUUUAAUGUGACGUCACCAUGCCGGAGCUCAUCAGUGUGACCGAGUUUAUAUCGGAGACUAAUGAGGACUACAAAGCCCCCACCACCUCCAGCUUCACCACCAGGAUGUCCCACUGCAGGAACACUGUGGCUGCCCUGGAGGAGGCUCUGGACGGGGACCGCUCCGUUCUGCAUAAGAUCAAGAAGUCGGUGAAGUCCAUCAACACGUCGGGCCUCGCUCACGUGGAGAACGAGGAGCAGUACGUCCAGGCCAUGGAGCGCUUCGGGGACAGCUGCAUCUCCAGGAACGACGCCAACGUAGGAACGGCCUUCCUCAAGUUCUCGGUGUUCACCAAAGAGCUGACGGCACUCUUCAAAAACCUGCUGCAGAACAUGAACAACAUCAUCACGUUUCCUCUGGACAGCCUGCUGAAGGGAGACCUGAAGGGAGUCAAAGGGGAUCUGAAAAAGCCGUUUGACAAGUCCUGGAAGGAUUACGAAACCAAACUAGCCAAGCUGGAGAAAGAGAAGCGAGAACACGCCAAGCAGCACGGGAUGAUCCGGACCGAGUUCAGCGGGGGGGAGAUCGCAGAGGAGAUGGAGAAGGAACGCCGCCUCUUUCAACUGCAGACCUGUGAGUAUCUCCUCAAAGUCAACGAGAUCAAGCUGAAGAAAGGCGUGGACUUCCUGCAGAACCUCAUCAAGUAUUUCCACGCCCAGUGCAAUUUCUUUCAGGACGGACUGAAAGCCAUGGAGAGUCUGAAGCCGUCCGUAGAGAAGCUGGCAGCAGACCUGACCACGAUAAAGCAGGCGCAAGACGGGGAGCGGAAACAGCUGACUCAGCUCCGGGACGUCCUGAAGGCGUCGCUGCAGUCCGAGCCGAAGGAGGACGCGCAGGCCAAGCAGAGCGGAUACAGCCUGCACCAGCUGCAGGGGAACAAGGCGCACGGCACCGAGUGCAGCGGCACGCUCUACAAGAAGAGCGAGGGGCUGAGGAAGGUGUGGCAGAAGAGGAAAUGCUCGGUGAAGAACGGCUUCCUGACCAUCUCCCAUGGCACGUUUUUACAUGAAGAGUCCUCAGGAAAGAGCAAGCAGCAGAAGAGAAACAGGAGGAGGAGGAGGAGCAUGAGGAGAAGGAUGAAAGAGAGAAGGGCUAACAGACCUCCAGCCAAACUGAACCUGCUCACCUGCCAGGUGAAGACGAGUCCGGACGAGAAGAAGAGCUUCGACCUGUUCUCCCACGACCGAACGUACCACUUCCAGACCGAGGACGAGGCCGAGUGCCAGCUCUGGGUGUCUGUGCUGCAGAACAGUAAGGAGGAGGCUCUGAACAAAGCGUUUAAAGGUGAUCAGGACGAAGGAGAGAACAACAUCGUGCAGGAACUGACCCGAGCCAUCGUCGGGGAGGUGAAGAGGAUGAGCGGCAACAACGGCUGCUGCGACUGUGGGGCGCCGGACCCUACCUGGCUGUCCACUAACCUGGGGGUCCUGAUCUGCAUCGAGUGCUCAGGGAUCCACAGGGAGAUGGGGGUCCACUACUCCAGGAUCCAGAGUCUGGACCUGGACGUGCUGGGGACCUCGGAGCUGCUGUUGGCGAAAAAUGUGGGAAAUGCCAGCUUCAACGAGAUCAUGGAGGCCGAUCUGUCGGCACCGGACGUCACCAAACCCGACCCCAGCAGCGACAUGCAGGCGAGGAAGGAUUUCAUUACCGCGAAGUACACAGAGAAGCGCUUCGUGCGGCGGCAGUGUGUGGACGCGGCAGCGCAGCUGCAGGCGCUGUACGAGGCGGUGCGCAGCCGGGACAUCCUGUCGCUGCUGCAGAUCUACGCCGAGGGGGUGGACCUGCGGGAGGCCAUCCAUCAGCCCAACGAACACGAGCCUGGGGAGACGGCGCUCCACCUGGCGGUCCGGAUGGUGGACAGGAACUCGCUGCACAUCGUCGACUUCCUGGCUCAGAACGGUGGAAACCUGGACCAGCAGACAGCCAGAGGCAGCACGGCACUGCAUUACUGCUGCCUGACCGACAACAGCGAGUGUCUGAAGCUGCUGCUGAGAGGGAAGGCCUCCGUGUCCAUCACAAACGAGGCCGGAGAGACUCCGCUGGACAUCGCCAAACGCCUUCGACACGCCGAGUGUGAAGAGCAGCUGAAUCAGGCGCAGACGGGGAAAUUCAACGUGCACGUUCACGUCGAGUACGAGUGGCGUCUGCAGAAUGAAGACAUGGACGAGAGCGAAGAUGAGAUGGAGGACAAGCCAAUACCGACGCGCCGUGACGAGCGUCCCGUCAGCUGCUUCCUGCCGGGCGCUGUCCCCCCGCAGCCCAACAUGGUGGCUCUGGCCCGGGAAAAACAGAGGCCUCAGGUUCCCAGCAUGAUGAUCAACAACGAGACCUACGGCACCAUGCUGGACCUCAACCUGCCCCCCCCGGGACCCCCACUGCCCCCCCGAGGCCCCAACAGAGCGUGCGGACACGGUAAACCAGCCCCUAUGGAGACUGUGGGGAGACAGCGGUCCUCCUCCGACCCCCCCAACCCUCAGGCCCCCGAGAGGAACUCCUCCAUGUACGUGCUCCCGGCGGCUCCCCCCCCUCCAGGGAACAGGAGGUCCAGCAUGUUGGAGACCAAGACCCUGUCGGCCAGGAACACCCCCCUCCCCCCUCUGCCCCCCCCACCGGCUGCAGGACUCCCACCCCCGCCUCCCCCCCCCCCAAUUCCAUCGCCCCCUCACUACAAGGCACCGCCCCUCCCCCCACCCGUCCCCCUCCAUAAGACCAGCAGACCUCCUGGACCCAGAUCCGCUCCCGGAUCAGUGACAUGUCCUCUGCAGAGACCUCCUCUCAGGACUCCAUCCGUGGAGAAACAAGCGUCGCAGCCCAAAUCCCCCCAAGGUCCUCCAACUCCUAAACCCAGGAGCACUUUCUCCAAGCAGAAGCCUAAGAGAGUAAAGGCGAUCUACAAAUGUUUGGCCGAUAACGUGGACGAGCUGACGUUCAGCGAGGGGGAGGUGAUCGUGGUGGAGGGGGAGGAGGACAGCGAGUGGUGGUCUGGUUACGUGGAGGCAGACCCGACGAGGCGAGGAGUGUUUCCUGUCACCUUCGUUCACUUCAUCACGGAGUGAUCGGGAGAGAUCUCACCUGGAGACACGGACACAAAUGAUACAGCAUUACGGAGACACAUGAUACAGCAUUACGGAGACACAUGAGUCAGCAUUACGGAGACACAUGAGUCAGCAUUACGGAGACACAUAAGUCAGCAUUACGGAGACACAUGAGUCAGCAUUACAGAGACACAUGAGUCAGCAUUAUGAGUCCUAAACCCUGACAUGAGUCAGCAUUAUGAGUCCUGAAUCCUGACAUGAGUCAGCAUUAUGAGUCCUGAACCCUGACAUGAGUCAGCAUUAUGAGUCUUGAACCCUGACAUGAGUCAGCAUUAUGAGUCCUGAACCCUGACAUGAGUCAGCAUUAUGAGUCCUAAACCCUGACAUGAGUCAGCAUUAUGAGUCCUGAACCCUGACAUGAGUCAGCAUUAUGAGUCCUGAACCCUGACAUGAGUCAGCAUUAUGAGUCCUAAACCCUGACAUGAGUCAGCAUUAUGAGUCCUGAACCCUGACAUGAGUCAGCAUUAUGAGUCCUGAACCCUGACAUGAGUCAGCAUUAUGAGUCCUGAACCCUGACAUGAGUCAGCAUUGAGACCUAUUUUAAGAAACCUAAAGUCCAUUUUAAAAACCUUAAAUAUUUUAGGAAAUGAAUCAAAAGCUAUAACGAUGGUUCAUUAUCAGCUCAUUAACUUUAGGACUAAGCUGUUAAAACUAUUGCAUAGUUUAUAAAAAACAUCAUAUUUUAUAAACUAUGCAAUUUAUGAAAGAUGAUGUUUUGUAAAGCAUCCUGAGCCGUAAAAUGAAUAUAGUAAAUAAUUCCCUCUGAGCUGCAGUGCGGAAGGGAAGGACCACAGACUCUCAGGACUAACUGCAACAGGAAACUGAAGCAGUUUCUAUUAAUGCUUUGUUCCAGAACUUUAUUUUAAAUUCUCGUUCAGCUUGCAGAAGUUUCCCAGAGUUAACAGAAGGGCGACUUUGUGUAGGAUGAUGAGAAAUACCCUCGAGCUUUCUGUAAAAUGAGCCAGCAGGUAUCUGGAGGCUAACGCUAGCUUCCCUCAUGGGAAACAGUUGCUGCUCACUGCUGCUUGUUUCAGCUUUUCCUCCGUCCAACAUCUCCUGCUUACUUCAUCAGAUCUUAUUCUGAUGCUCUUUGGUAACUACAGUUAUCUGUGCAGUAGAAGAGUUUGUAGUAUUCAAAUGGUUGAAAAACCACUUCCUGUCCGUCUCCUGAUUAGACCAAAAAGACUUCCUCCCAUUGACUUACAUUGCGAAGCUUCUCCGGUCCAGAAAAGGCUCCCAUGUGUUUUCUGUGUCUUCCUGUUCACAUGUCUCUGUUCAUGAUGUGUUGGCUGAACUGUUUAUGAGAGGGGUUAAAUGAUUUUGUUUUUUAACGUACAGUGGAAUUAAAAACUCCUGAAAUGA